AUGGUCCGCGUGUAUGGCAACAUUGAGAAGUUGGAUAUGCUGUUUCACCGUAGUGGACCUAAUGCGGGGCAGCCGAGAGGAUUUGCCUUUGUCACUUACAAGCUGAGACAAGACGCUCUACAGGCCAUGAACUCUCUGAACGGACAGCUCUUAGGAAACAAGAGGAUAUGUGUUAAAUUUGCCAAGAAUGCUUCGGAGGAUCAAGAAAAACCAAAACCGGAACUUGGGAUACCAGCAUUAACAGCAGGAAAACCAGAAUUAAAACUUAGCAAGAAAACAGCCAUCCAAACGAUAGAAGCUAAAUUGAAAAUGCUGGAAAAUAUGAAGGCAGGAGACGAUUUUGUUAUAAACAAAUUGGCAGCUAAUGAAGCACCAGUAAUAACCCAAUACCAGCAAAGACAACAACCAAACAAAACAAUAAGUUCUUUUAAACGGAGGCACCCUUAUCAUAGAAAGAGAUAA